AUGACAGACAGCAACGUUCCCGCCUUCGAACUCGGCGACACCCUCGCCAUGCGUUGUGGAAACACUCUGACCGGAGUUUUUGUGCCUGGUUUCAAAAUCGCCCUUAGCGCUUACCGACAUGUUAAAUACAAUUCAAGAGACGCUCCAACCGAAACUGCCAACCUGGAUCCCGUCCUCAUCUACAUGGCCCACGAAACCACACUGUUUGAUGAGCCUAUUCUGAGGAGCCUUCUCGCCGAAUCAAACGCCACCUUCUCGACAGUGCAGCAACUGGGUCAGAAGGCAGCGCGAGCGGAGUACGUAAAUGUUUCGCGGGCAUACCGUAGCAUUGUACGCGCCUGCCUGGAGAAAUUGGAGCACGAGAAAAAGUCAGCGGAGGUGCAGACCGAUGAUCUGCGCCGGGAACGCAUUUCAGAGGCCAUGGUCGUCUUUUAUGCAGCAGAGUGUCUGUGGCAUCUGUUUGAAAUCCUCUACAUCCAACAGAGCCAGCUAGUGGUGCCCCAGCUGUUGGAAUGGGCGCGCUUCCAUUUCCCGCAAACAGAAGAAAAGGCCACAGAUCUGCUGCUGAUGGGCGAGGAGGCCAGUGAGUCCGAUGACUACUGGAAUGUGCUCAAGUCUCUCAUCAUGCUUGGUGAAAUAGACAUUACUCGCGCUAUUCUGUCCCAGAACCGCAAAGCCAGUCAACCUGCUUUCAAAACUGCAGAGCUGGCGUUAAAGUCGAUGCCUCUCUACCAGGAAGGAUACUCUUUACAAAAGUUUAACUCGCAAUGGGAGUACUGGCAUACGGACACAGAACGCAAGAUUCAGUCCAACAUAUUCGCUACGGAGCCAGAACUGGAGCAGAUAGUCCAGCUUGUUGUGGGCAACAACAAUCAAUGGGAUGCUGGGAUCAAGGACUCCCAAGACUGGUACCAAUACCUGCCAGGAUAUCUGCUCUACACAAAGCCCACCUGCAAGCCAUUCGAGCUCAGGAUAGCGUCUAGCAACUGGCUUAACCGCUGGUCUAUGCUCCGACCAGAAAUGAUAUUAAGCAGCAUGAGUCGCAUGGUCCUGCAGUUGAUGGAGCACGACGUUAGGUUAUUUAUCUAUGAGGCCCAAAAAAUAAGCGACACGCACUGGUUUUCUACCCAUUUGAUAGAUCUGAUCCACAAUUCGGGAAUACUCAAGAGUUACUUCGAUCAAAACAACGUUGAUCUUCCAGCACUACGGCAUUCUAUAAUUUAUGAGUACGGCACAUAUUUGAUGUCCACGAGGAAUCUAUGGCAUCUGGGAAUUGACUAUUUGGAUUAUUGCAAACAGGAAGGAAGGGCGGCUAUCGAGUUGCUCCUGCCAAGGAUUUCCAUUCGGACCGAGCGACAGGCCAACAAGCUAAUCAAUCUGGCCAAGCAGAGGGGACUCCUGACCGUGGAACAGGAUAUAUGCAAGGUCCUAUCAAAACGGGCCUAUGAUGCAGAGCGUUAUGGCAGCGCUCUCGAAUGGGCCAUUCGAUCGAAGGAUGUUCUGCUAGUCACGGCUGUCGCUGAUUUUAUAUUAAAGACUUAUUCAAGGACGGGAAAUAUGCUUUGUCCAGAUACGAUUGCCAAUGUUGGGGGCCGUAUGUUUGUGUCGCCACGUUUGGUUUUCCUCUCAAAGUACUUUGAAUUCUAUGAAUACUACCGUAAUCGUGACUUUCUCUCAGCCUCCGAAUUAUUAGUUAAUCUUUUGGAGUCAAAAAUAACGCCCGAAUAUUUCUGGCCCUCUUUGCUCAUCGAUGCCAUGCCUCUUCUCGAGUCAAAGGACCCGAAGAUCUUCUCCAAGGAAACCGUGGCAAUUCUGCACCAUAUUGAAACCGAACUUGUUCCCAUUAUUGAACGUAACACAGACAAGUUUGGCGAGCACCAUACAGAGAACGUUUUCAAGGACUAUCGGGUGGAGAAUGUUGACGAAAUCCUGAACCUCAUGCGGUUAGCCUGUGCCCGUAACCUGGCCAGGGCAAUGAUUAUUGAAAACACAAUGCCGUUGGAGUGAUUUUGAAUGCAUUUUUUAGUGUAAUUUAUUUUGUAUUUUUCGCUUUUCCAAUACAUCGUAAUUUGUUAUAGAUUUAA